AUGUCGUGUAUAUAUUUAGCUUGUUUUGUUGCUUCCCCGGGUCGGGAUGUCGGCCCGCCCACCCACGCACGCCACUUUACGGCACUCGAGCCCCGGUUGCCACGACAACGGCUCUCUGCAAAGCGGAAAGCGGAAAAAGGGGCCGAGGGAGGCGAGGCGAGCUGCGCCCCGCGUCGACUUGUUUUUGGGCUCCCUCCCGGAAGGCUGGAGACCUCGGCGAGGACAACCAAGCCGGCCCCGGAGGCCCGCGCCUCCGAGGAAGCCGUCGCCUUCUUGGCCAGCAUUGAAGCGGAGGAGCUGGCCAAGUGCGCGUUCGCCGACUCUCUGACGACGGCGUCGGAAGGCGGUCGAGACUUGGGGAGCUUCAGCGUGUCGGUGGAGUUCGCCCGCAGAGCCCGUCGGCCGUGCCUGCUGCUCCGCGCCCGCAGCCGCGGCGCCGUCGACGACUGCCCGUGCGGAACCGCGCUGACGGCCUACCUGACCGCCGACCUCGAGGUGCUGGAGGAGGAGCGGCGCGAGUACGUGGAGCUCGACGGCCGCGUUCUGGACAAGCGCUGUCACGUGGUGCGACGGGACGGAACGACGACCGUCGACCACGUUAGCGGCGUCGGAGAGGACGUGACCAGGGACAGCGUUUGCUACUCGGCCGACGCCCUCCGAGGGCUCGUCACCGACGGUUCCAACUUCCUGCUCAUGCGGCUGAUGGCCUUGAGGAAGAAAGUGCCGGAACACGUGACCUUCCUCUCCUUUGACGACAAGUUGCGCCUCUGCCGCGCCACCUUCCGGCAACUGGAGCAGAAGCAGAUGGAGGUCGACGGGCAGACGCUGGACGUGUUCGGCGUGGAGAGGAUCCUCCAGUCCGCGGAUGAAAGCCCGACCACGUGGCACCACUACUUUUUGCCCGACGGGCAUCUGGCAAGCCGGUGGCAGGUGGGCUCUCCGGUCACGAUGGUCUUACUGCAGCUGCCGUCGCAGAACCAACAAGCUUACGAGAAAAUCUCCUUGGUUUGGGAAGAGGACAUUCAGAUGCGCUCCAAGUUCUUGGACCGAAAGGAGGAGCUGAAGGCCGACCACGCGUCCUACCUGAAAGCUCACCCGGAGAUCCGAGCGCUCAUCUCGGACUUCCUGCAAUUCCUGCUGCUCAAGAAACCCCGCGACGUCUUCCGCUUCGCCAGGGAAUAUUUCCUCCCCUUCACAACGGACGGCGGCAGCCCGGCGUCCCCCUCGCAGUGACGCCGACACCUUCUGCGCUUCUUCACGAGUGCUCUUUUCUCCUUUUUCUUUUUUCUUGAUAUGAGCGACAUCACGACCGAGACCGUCGCAAUAAAGCCGGUUCCCGGCACCGCUCCC